AAGUUCAUCACAUGGCGCAGAUGGUAAUUGGUUCAAUGUUAGUACAUUUAUCGUGACAAUUUAUUGGUGAAUUUCCCGACCAGAGUGAUUGUGUAUUGCAGCUUAUGUGACGUCACGACAGUAUCGUUUUUGACCGCAUGGCUGCGCACGGCACUACCCAGUUGACUCUUGACGCCUGUUUGGCCUAACAUUUUGCCAGGUUCUAACUCGUUGUCAUCAAAAGGCAUCUGACAUUUAAUUAUUGAUUGGAGGUGAAAUUCUCGCUCUAUCGGUCCUUUUCAUGAUAGCGAUCGUGAUUUAUGGGAAAUUGAGCUGGUUUUUUGUUAUUGUUUUUGGAAAUUUUUUUCGCCAUACUCUAGUCGGUCCUUGUCAUGGUAGCAAUCGUGAUUGAUGGGCCACUGAGCGGUGUAUUUUGAGUUUUUGUCCUUUUGAGUAUUUGUCGGCAACAAUUUUUUUGAAUGUCGGACGAUUCGGCAAAAACCAUUUCGGCAAAUUGCCGAAAACCAUUUCGGCAAAGUUGCCGAAUUGUCACCUAUGAAAUUACCGAUUCGGCAAAAGUCGAUUCGGCAACUGUGCCUACUACUUAGUCUACCUUAUUCUAACGUCAAGUGAAGUUGAUUGUGAUUCUUAUUAAGCCCUUAUCUCUGAAAUGGGUGAUGACAAAAUUUGCGUUAUUUGCAAUGAUGGAUUUACUGGUAGAAUCAUUCAGUAUGUUUCGUGUGUGGAAUGCAAGGGUCCUGUUCAUCUUUCCUGCAUUCCUGGUAACAAACGGGGAAAAGUUCUUUCAAAAGCAACUUAUGUACUUAUGAACAAGAACAACGAGACUUUUGACUUUCAGUGUGCAAAAUGCCCUACUGUUGUGCCUCAAGUCGAACUCAUGGCUCAGGCCGCACAAGUGGUGAAAAAUGCGCGAACAUUCAAACUUACUUUAGGGCCGUUACACUCAAGCCCAAAUAAAAACCUCCAUGCACGACCAACUACGCAUUCUACUGACGUCAUACCAUUUACUCCAAUCCUUGGAAUGGAUGGAAUUUGCCUUCCUAUGAUAACGCCUCAGAUUGAAUUAGCCAAUGCAUUGGCAGGGCUUCCGAUUAUAUCAACAAGUUCUGCUGCUGAUGGCUAUUCAGAAAAAAAUGCGUCAAGUGCUCCUCAUGAUAUCCAGAUGAUAUCAAUAAGUUCUGCUGCUGAUGGCAACUCAGAAAUAAAUGCGUUAAGUGCUCAUAUGGAAAAGACUAGCUUCUUUGCCAGGCCUGUUGCUACUCAGGAAUCGAGUCUGCCGUCCUUGCCUGUUCAGGAACGAUCAAGAUCAGGUGAUCGAUCUCACAGAGGAAAUGGUUUACGAAAAUGGCACAUUGAGCCAGCAGCAGGCAAAAGACUACGCCCUAUGCUGAUCGACGACACUGAUCGUGGUCUCGGAAUUCGCAACACGAAAAAAAAUGGAACUGUCAUGUGGCGCUGCAACUACCGGCCAAAUAAAAAUCCUUGUCGUGGACUAGUUUCCCUUGGAGAUAAAUUUGCGGAGCAUCACCCGCAUUCGUGCAAGGCAAAGUCCCACCAUAAAGUCAACAUGGUUCUUGCUGCCGAAGCCAAAAAGUAUGCCUUAUCUCAUAUUAACGAACCUGCCCUAAAAGUCGUUGAGCCCAUGGUUGUUAAGGCCCUUGAUGAUAACCCAAAUUGGAACCCAAUUAACCCCACAACGUUAGCUAGGGCUGUAAAUCGGGUAAAAGCAAAGCUCACUGCUGAAAACCCAACUGAUCUUUUUUUUCAAAUCAAAAUGGACUUAAUGUCCACUUCGUUUUUUAAAGGAGAAGUUGUAGUUGGUUCUAAACGUCAUUUAAUUUUCAUGACUGACGAACAACUAGCGCUUUUGAAAACUGCCGUUCGAUGGUAUGCCGACGGAACCUUUAAAAUCAUAAACUUCCCUUUCACUCAACUAUUUUCCCUCCAUGGGUUUCUAAAAAAGAAUGGGCAGUUAAAGCAGGUUCCACUUUGUUUUGUGUUUAUGUCGGGAAGGACUCAAAGAGAUUACCGCAAGGUUUUCGAAAAGAUUCUGGAAUUGUUGGGUGGUGAAUGUGCUGUGAAGGAGUUUGUUACAGACUUUGAACAAAAAUUAAUUACCCGAAACCCACACAGCUAGCGCCACUGGCCUUACAACGGCAUUUUAAACAAUUUUGCCGAAUUGGCUUUUUACCGAAUUGGUAUGUACGAUUCGGAAAAAAAACAAAGUCAACCAAUUCGGCAAAAACCAAUUCGGCAAACGUCAAAUUUGCCGAAUCGUCCGUAUACCGCCUCUGUCAACAGUGUGUACAAGUUCAAAGGCUAUGGAUCCGGUAAGCAAUGACCCUUUGUCAGCUUUCAUGGAAGAGGAUCAGUCUAUGUCCCCCCAGCCUCUCAUCAUAGAUGAGUCGCAGGCUGAAGUGGGUGAGACAAAUGUUGCUGUCCGAGCAGCCACUGAUGAACAAGUAAUUGCUGCUGGCACGACUCAGGAAAUUGUGCAUUCUUUUUCAUUUGUUAAAUACAUAAAUUUUUAAAAUUUGUUAACCCCUAUUUAGGAAUGGAAAAUGACUGCGGAGAACCUUGCAGAGGAGAACUGUAC